UACACAGCAUGAGAUCCCAAUUUUGAGUCGAAAGACACGCAGACAAAGAGCAAGAUUAGUCUUUCACGCUUUAAUGACUUUUUUCAGUACUCUGCUUCAUAUUCCUGUCAUCGCGAUUCUGCUCCGCUUCAAGGGUGACCACUAUUUCCAAAAUUUAGACUGGAGGAUCAUAGCAUCAGUAGGAUUACACUUUCCCUUAUCAAUCACUGCGAAUAUAUCUAUCUUUGUUCUCAUUCUCCAUUCACACCAACAACUUGAGGAAUGUCGUACACAAGAGGCUACCGUGAACACUACUUAUGACAUGCCACCUGAUCACUUGACAUGCGAUUCUAAACCGAGUUACUUUGAAAAGCAGGCUACGACAACGGAUUCAGGAAACGAUUCAUCAAAUAAUUCGAAUUAUCAACCAGACUUUUUAUCAACAGAAGAAGACGGUCAAUAUCAAAUUUCACAAUCUCCAAGUUCAAAGAAAAAGGAAAACAAACUGUUUUUAAUUUUGUCAAAAAUAUAUAAAUCCUAGACUCAUGUUUUUACGAUAAGAUAACGUACAAUGUUAAACGAUUAUUUACUACGGGAAUUUUUUUUCCACCUCCUUUGGUCCUCAUUACGAACAAAUUAAGCUUUUUCUUCAUUACUCAAAGUUUUUCAUCUUCCUUAUCUUUAUCUCUUCACCUCAUCCACUUACUAAGCUCAAGAUGUUUUUGGAUUGUACAAUCAUCAAUUUUUAACGAAUUCAGUACU